AUGACUCCACUUCAAUCACCACAAGGCCCCACUCUCUCUACCACACCACUGAAAGUGGUGAGGUUAGUUUCCAAACGGAGAUCCGCACCAUCCAUUGGGCUACCAUCAUGUUAUCCCGCUAGUCCCACAAUGAUUGCCUUUGAGAAGGAGGCUUCAAAAGAGUCACGAACAGACAGCCUGGUGCUGUUGCAAGAACAAGAUACCUUGAGUCUAUUCUCCUCGCUCAUGGACCAAGAUGAUUCGGUAUCGUCCUGUGAUACAAAUCAACAACAACAACAACAUCCCCUGAACAAUAGCAGUAGUGAUAGUUGCACUAGCCAGUCUACGCAACAAAAGAGAUCGUCACAUCGCCGAAGACAACGAAACCGAGCCCUUUCAGAUGUCGACUUUGCCUCUAUCAUGGAUGACUUUUCCACAUUGGUGGUCUAA